AUGACUCUCUUUCCGCUGCCAAAUGUAUACCAGUUUGAUGACGAGUCCACACAAAACGAUGGUCUUCCGGAAUUCAAACCACGAUUCUUUAUGCCAGUCAUGCUUGACAAACCACAGAACCCUAUCAUCGACACUUUGAAUCUAGUAUCCCACAAGUCGGUCUACGCCUCAAAUAGUCCAAUCACGAGCCUUGGGCUUCCUAAAGAGCUAGCAUCUCUUACCUUCAAUCCUCCCAAACAGGCGACUGUCCAUGUCAAUGACUCGAUCUGGACAGACGCUCUUAAACACGCUGGAAUACACUCAGAAAUCUACUCCUGGGACUCAUUGCGACCAGGCUAUUCUGGACAUCCUUCUCCAAGCCCUUUCUUAUCCGAACAGCACGGUCUCGUAGUGGCAGCGGCGAGAUACUAUGCUUACCCUCGUUUACACGAACCAGGAACGGAAGUCAAAUACGUCUCGCAAGAAAAUCUGUUUGUUGAUCUCAAGAAGACUGUACUCGGGCUCUCUUCGACCCUGCAUACUUGGGAUGCCACAUCGGAAACAUUUGUUCCAGUUGUUUUGCGAAAAGGCGCAAAUGGAGUAAUAUUGUUGGACGAAAAGGAUGAAACUGUGACCAACAGUUUUGUUGAACGCUUUCUUCGAAUUGGAACAUUGUUAAGAAGACUUGAGAUCUUCGUCGCUGCGCUGCGUGCAAAGUUCUCCAAAGAGGGACCGACCAUCCACGCAUUCACCCACAGCCUCUCCACCAUCUUGGCAUAUCUACGCAAUCAACUGUCGGAGUGCUCGCCACAAGAAGCCGGCGCGACUACACUCGUGGCGAUCUGGAGCGAAUAUGAGUGGUUAGAAAAUGUCCUCAGAGCACUAGGCGUACUGUGUGGUCGUGUCAGUCUCACUUUUGUGUGUUUUCCGUGCUCUAAUAUUCCAUUUUAUGUCCAGUCGGAGCACACGAUUCCUCAAAAUUAUCUUUUUCCAGACCGCGAUCCAGCCAACUUACUUUCGCUCGUCCAUGAGCAAGUCAAAGCUCAUUUGGAUCGCCAAUCACCAAACACUGUGACGGCCAUCCUGGCAUACAUCCUUACGACCGUGUCUCGCGACUAUUUUCAGCAAUUAUCGCGAUCCGUUGGUUUCGGAGGAUACACAAGUGAGUUGCACCAGCCCACAAGGCCAGAGCAGUAUGGGAUGGAUGAUGAAAAGGACGACAUGGAGGAAGAAAACCCCGUCGAGUUAAACCGAACUGGGGAAGAUGAAUCAUUUCCUUCGUUCUUCCCCCCUGAACUAGUCGAACUCAUCCCUGCCGCGCAGAAAUCGUUGGUUUUACUGCGUGCAGCCGAGCCAGACCAUCCUCUCUUGCAAGUUUCUGACAAGGAGGUGAAGCAAGUAGAAUGGCUGUGGCAAUGGAGCGCCAUUAACGCCUUAUGGAGCGGGGAAAAUGUGAUGGAGGAGCCACACUUCCAACACGAGUUGAUUAGAUCGAUGCAACCCCAACCAACCCCUGGCGACCUCGCAGCCCUAAUGAACCAAUUCAAGAUAUUUGAUCUUGAACCCAGUCAAGGUAGUUUCCCCCCAAUUCCUAAUUUGCCACUACCCGACUUCAUCCAAAACUUUCCCGACAACCUCCCCCCAAUUACGCCAACAUUUUCUCAUCUCACUUCUCUGAUUCUCGAGCCUUUGGCUAAACACUCCUCAAUACUGGCCCAUGCCCUUUUGGCCCUUUUCAUCUCACCACUCUCGCACCUACGUUUCGACGUUGUGCCAGAGCGUCGACGGCUUCUUCAAUUCAAGUCGCAUCUCCAACUCUUGGGUUCAUACCUUCUCCUUGCGGCGCCAUCUUUCAAGUCACGACUAUCAGCAGCCCUUUUCUCCGACUUGGAGGGGUUUGAUGCUGGUGAAGCCGUGCCCUCCUCGUUGCGUGCUCUGCGCGCAAAAACCACCAGAUUCACAGCUCAGCGUCGUGAUGCCGGUGAGGAGUCUGUUAGAGGGGGGCAGCCAUGGGCCGUUGGACUUUCUUUUGCAUUAUUGGAACGCGGUGAAUGGCCGCCGGUGGGUGCCGACCUCAGCUUCUUCCUGCGAACCGUGAUUGUGGAUUCGUUUGAGGAACAUCAAGGCGGUAGUCGGGAUAUAUUCUGGGUUGAAGCCGAAAAACGACUCGGCUUUGCCAUUCGUGAUCUACCCACUGAGCAAGGUCAUGACCAGUGGUUGAAUCCAUUAUCCAUCGAGGCCUUGGACUUUCUUUAUAUCGACUAUAAGCCGCCCCAUCCACUCGAUAUUCUUAUAACUCCGGAUAUAUUGUCCAAGUAUCAAAGACUGUUCACUUACCUCCUCCGCCUUUUACGAGUUCAGCACGCACUUGGCGCCGUCUUUCGAAUGACGCGUUCCAUUGACCAGCCCCUCUUUCCGACACUGGCACAGACCGAAAAACUAGUGCUACAUUUCCGCUUUAUUGCCCAAUCCUUCGUCCAAAGCCUCUCGUCCUAUGUCUUGGACACCGCUAUCGGGGGUAACUUCGAGCCCUUCCUCACCUCAGUGUCGCCGUCGCGUCUAAACAAGUUUGAUUCCGGGUUCACAGAUGUGUUUUCCCUCUCGAAGGCGCAUUCACAGCUGAUGGACGACAUCCUCGCCGCGUGUCUACUGCGCUCCAGCCAACGCGUGGCAGGGGAUCUCCUGCGUCAAGCACUGCAAGUCGUACUCGAGUUCGCUGUUCUCAUCGGCGAGCGAUGGGAGGGAAGGUUGAAGGAAUAUCAGGCGGCGCCUCUGCUUGAAGAGUUGAUAGGGCGAUUCAAAAGGAAAAUGAGCUCUUUGAUGAAAGCGUUAAAGCUCCUUGUGGACAAGGGCUCUUCGGAGGAGCCAAGGCUCUAUGAAGAAGGCCGCCAGUUGAUUGGGGGGAUGAGGGCUGUUGCACACUUGCUUGAAAAGUUUUCCGAAUGGUGGUCCCAAUAA